GGCAAGAAGUAGUCUGCGCCAUUUCUGAACCUGCUGCAUGCCUUCACGACCUUUACUGAUGCAUAUGAUACCUAUGACAUGAUGCCAUAAAAAUAACCCUAGGGUGAAUACUAUCUUUUCGCCCACAUCUUCUGUCCUAUGCUGCUGCCUGUGCUGUGAUGUUGGUGACUAGUGAGAAUUGGUGCCACGACUUCCUCGAGCGCUUGAAGCAUGCAAAUCAGCGAGAAUUGCCGAGAACUCUAGCAACUGCGCGCGCGAGAAGGCAGGAGCGACCAAGACCACAGCUAGCUUCAUGCAGUUACUUUUUCUCGUACCUUCCGCUUCUGAUGCUUCCUACUUCUCAAUACAUAUGUACAUGUAGAGGGACAAAAACGGUACCAGAACUCGGCUCUUUUCAUUCCAGCUACUUGUCUGAACAAGUCAUCGCAAGGCACGAUAGUUGUGCGACUCGGGCUAUGUCCAUUGAGAGCGACAACCCCUGCACACUAUCUGUGCAGGAAGACAUCGUGCUUUCUGACAGUCGCUUUCGGCCUGAUUGGAAAUCUUGGCCACUCUCUCAUGGACCAACCAGCUGCCACGAUGCAAAUUACUCUUGAAAUUGCUCUAGUUGUCUUCUCAAUGGACACAUCUCUAGUUCGAAAGAAUUGUGCAAUCUUUUUAAUAUGAGGCGUACCAAAGUUUGGGAAGAUUGAUAGUUGAA